CUCCCUUCAUAGAUAUCACUUCUUACGCUAAAGUCGAGGUGAAAAGUGAGCGGGCAUGUAAUUUAAAGAAUACAGAUUUAUUUGAUUAAAUAUAGUUACAGUCGGUGCUCAGGUGUGGCUAUGGAGAUCAGUGAGGAAGAUGACAACCUUGGACAGUUUAUGGAGGUAGUCACAAUGUACAGGUGUAAAUUCUGUGUGUUCACUGCACCUGGUGCAAAAGAGAUGACACAGCAUGUCAAAAGUGUGCAUGUCAGAAAACCAACAUUUCCUGAAAGUACUAUAGGUAUGACCAGUGUCACCCAGACAAAUCAGGCAGUUGUAAGCAUAGUGAAGCCUUUGCCUGGAAACCAUGUACUUAAGACUGAGGAAACCCAGGUAUUGGCUGCUGAUGCAUACAGACAGACAGACACAUUGGAGUCAAUAGCUGCCGAUGUCAGUUAUGAACAAAGUGGGUUUAAUUCAUCAAACAAUGGUUCACAAGAAAUAUUUACAGCUAUGUCCUCGAUGAACAUGCCAAUAGGGACAAACAAUUCUUCUCCACAGAAUGUGAUUAUUACAUUAACUAAUAACAAUGAUCAAGCUAUUAUUGAGUCAGGUCAACCGGACAUUGUACCGGAAGAGAACAAUACUGAACCACAGAUUGGUGAUUACCAGUUUAUUUGCCAGAACUCAAAUGGGCAGUAUGUUUUACAAAAUUCAGAGAAUGUUCAGAUAGGGGACAAUGGAACGGUGCAUGUUUUAGUGCAAGAUUCUAGUACAGGACCUCCAGAAACUACAGAUGCACUGACGGAAAACAUGGGGGAAAGUUACGUUGUGGCAGGGAGCCUAAAUGAACAACCUGGUCUAGAUACAGAACUUGACCAACAGACUCGAAAUACAGCAGAGGAUGACCUGGAUGAAGUGAAGCAGACGGAAAACCAGGAUGAUGUCAUCACAAAGGAGUUGUAUCUCUGUGGAAAUUGUAGUGAGGGAUUUGCUUCCAUUCAGGCAUGUAAAGAUCAUAUGACAAAUGUUCAUGAGGUGACAGACUUUCAAACAAGUUGUAGAGUAGAUGCUGGCACUCAAGUUGAACCUAAAAAGAAACCUGGACGGAAGAAAAAAUCUGAACUCAUUGAGCAAAUUAAGACAGAGCCGGAGGAAAUAGUGAUGUCAGAAUCUGACGAGGACUGGGCGGAACAGUUGAUGUCAUACUCAACACGAAGUCGCCGGAAGAGAAAACCCCCACAGGCAUUAAAGAACGACUAUUACCUUGGUAGAACAAAAAGAAAAGAACAGAAAAAGAGAGAACCCAAAGACCUUAACACUAAAUGUGAAAAGGAAGGUUGUACAUUACGAUUCAAAGAUGAAGAAACAAUGAGACAACAUUUACAGUGUCAUAUAGACGAUGCUGGUGUAACAGGUCCACAAUUCAAGUGUACAGCAUGUGAGGAGACGUUUGAUACCUGGAGAGUCGCGAGAAUUCAUAUGUGGAAGAUACACAGAAUCAGUAUAGACAUGAUCAGUUGCCCUCUCUGUGAUCUCUACAAAACAGAUGCACCUUCAAAACUAAAGAUUCACUUGGAGACACAUGGUUCAGAACGUCCCUAUGCCUGCCCUGUUUGUGGUAAAGCAUUUAAACAAUUUGCUCAGAUGAAGAAUCAUGAAACUUGUCACCUCUCACAAGAUAUUGUCAACUCGAAGGAGAUGUCAGACAGAUGGUGA